UGCUUUUCACCUGUUACUUCGGCCUUGGGCUUUCUCAGAGAAAGAAGAUUUUCCUUUCACUCUGCAAAUCAGCAGAUCCAACCAAAAUCUCCAUCUUUUUCUUUUCUAAUAGAACUUUGGUUGGCAAUGCUGAAGCUUCAAAAUCCUCUUUUCCUCCUACCCCUUUUGUGUUUCUGCUUUGUUUACCUCAGUGAUGCUUCAGUUCAUGACUACAAUGGAGAGAAAUUCGUCAGUAAAGGCAAUGCGUUCAUCGUCCAUGGCGGCAGCGAAGGCAUUUAUUCUUCUUUUGCUGAUCCCCAGAAUGUAACUUCCAUUGGUGGCGACUCUUACAUCCGUUUUGAGAAGAUCACAUUCCAUAGACCAAAAGAAUUUGCUAACUUUAGCUCACAGUCAAUCCAAGCAAUUGUUUUUGAAGUGCAAGAUAGAGAGACAAUUGGGGGUUCAGCUUAUGGGGGUCAAAGAGCUGUUUGUUGCACAGCAGAUCUUGCAAAACUGGGUGUUUGUUCGGAAGGAGAAGUUAUUCAUCGCCCUUCCACUCACAAUCCUAGCUGGCCCAAAGUGUUGCGCAUAUCAUUUAAUGGAGAUGAUGUGGUUGCAACAUUGCCAUCACAGUCUAUACAGAUUACUAAAACUGGGAUGUAUAACUUGUACUUCAUUCACUGUGAUUUAAAUCUUAAAGGUUUGACUGUAGAGGGGAAAACUGUAUGGAAAAAUCCUACUGGUUAUCUACCUGGUAGAAUGGCACCACUGAUGAAUUUCUAUGGGUUCAUGUCCCUUGCUUUUGUGAUCCUCGGAGUCUUUUGGUUCUCGCAAUAUGCAAGAUUUUGGAGAGAGGUUCUUCCUUUACAAAACUGUAUAACAUUAGUGAUAACGCUUGGCAUGCUUGAGAUGGCUCUUUGGUAUUUUGAUUAUGCUGAAUUCAAUGAGAGUGGAAUCAGGCCCGUCGCAAUCACUAUGUGGGCAGUCACCUUUGGCACCAUCAAGCGUACAAUUGCGCAGAUUAUUAUGCUGAUGGUUGCCAUGGGUUAUGGUGUUGUGAGACCUACUCUUGGUGGGCUUACUUCAAAAGUAAUCAUGCUUGGUGGAACCUUCUUCCUGGCAUCUGAAGUUCUUGAGUUGGUAGAAAAUGUUGGUGCAGUGAGUGAUCUAUCUGGAAAGGCAAGACUGUUUUUGGUUCUUCCUGUGGCAAUCUUAGAUACCUUCUUCAUUCUUUGGAUAUUUACAUCUCUCUCCGCAACUCUAAAUAAACUUCAGGCUAGAAGGAUGGUGGUAAAGCUGGAUAUAUACAGGAAGUUCACAAAUGCAUUGGCGGUAGCUCUUAUUGUGUCUGUGGGUUGGAUAUGCUAUGAGCUUUAUUUCAAGUCAAAUGAUGUUUACAAUGAGCAAUGGCAGAAUGCCUGGAUCAUCCCAGCCUUCUGGCAAGUCUUAUCCUUCUCUCUGCUAUGUGUCAUUUGUGUUCUUUGGGCGCCCUCUCAGAAUUCAAUGCGGUAUGCUUACUCUGGAGAACCAAAUGAAGAUUUUGACAAAGAUGAUACUACUUUGACACUCAUAAAACCAUCUCCAACACUUUCAAAAGAUUUUCGAAGUGCAACUGAAGCUAAACCAGUGCAGGGCAGUAAUGGAGCAUAUAAUGGUGACUUGGAAGAAGACAAAACAGAAUGAUUUAAAAGCUGUGAAUCUGUGAUGCUUAGAACUUGGUUCAACCUUCGUUUGAACUACAACAGUAUCGGGGUAUGGCAAGCCAAUCAUUACAACCAAAAGUCAGCUGUUGAACUUUUUAUUUCCUUUUUUUUUCUAACCUCAAAGUUCAUAUUGUUUCUUUGUAUCUGUUCAUUUAAAUUAGUCAAUAAAUUGUUCACCUGUUAGUUGUUACAAAGGGAACAGGCAAUCCGUGCAAUGUCCUAUCUGAUAUUAAUAUAGUUUGUGACAUGUAAUUUAACACGCUUUUUUUUUUUUUAACGAACUGGUAUUGGCCACUGAUAUUUGGAGAAAAUCCAUUAAAUGAGAAGUCAACUGCAUAGACCACCUAGCUCUUCUUGAAAGUGAUUUAUGCUCCAGAAUCCUCGCGUCAAAAAGAAGGAAAAUAUGGGAAGAAGCCUUUCUUUUUUUUGUUCUCCUUUAUCCUGUCUAGAAAGAGAAGGAGAGGAGAAUGGACAUCAUAGUCAUAUGUUGCAUGCUCUUCAGGUUAGUCCGCAUUAAACUGUCCUUGAUUGGUAAGUAUAACUAUCCUUCCCUCAUUCUUGAGAUGGCCAUUGUUUUCUAAAUUGUAACAUGCCCUUUUUUUCUGUUUUGAGAAAUUGUGCAACUUUCCUGGAUGAAUUUCCAUCUAUUAUCUAAUAAUAAUGGACCUUUUGAGAGUCAACCAAUUUAUCUAAUUAGAUUUACUGAAUUAAAUAGCAAAGUGUCAGGUAAAGGACCUUUUGCAGUGUGCUUUUGGAUGAUCAAUGAGAGGCAUUUUAUUUAUACGCUAACAAAGUCAUGCAAAAGUAGUGCAUUGGCAAGGCAAGCAUUGACUUGACC